AUGCCUCUCGUCGACGCCAAGAACCCCGUUCCUCAGUACCAGCGUUACUACCAGAACGCUUACAAGAACCAUACCCGUCUUUGGAAGAUUGGCCCUCGCAGCCGUGUGCUGAUGACCCCCUACCUUAUCCUCCUUUGGGGUACCCUCGGCGCUUCUUUCUACGGCGCUGGCCGCAAGGUUCUCGGCUACAACUCUUACUUCGGAAACUAA